AUGUCGCAGCUGUCCGGAGAGAACAGGAGAAUGAAGGGGUCCAUCCUGGACAUUCAAGCUCGGAGCAUGCGGGACAAUCUUGCACUGAUUAAGUUCAAGAGCUACCUGUACUUUGAGGAGAAAGACUACGUGGACAAAGCAGAAAAAAGCCUGAAGCCAAUAAGCCUCAGCAGGAUGGUGUUCUAUAAAAACGGAGUGAAUCAAGGUGUUGCGUUUGAAAACCUGUUUGAAGGCCUCUACUUUCCUGCCAUCUCCCUGUACAAGAGCUGCACGGUUUCUGUCAAUUUUGGGCCACGUUUUAAAUACCCACCAAAGGACCUGAAGUACCAGCCGAUGAGUGACAUGGGGUGGGGAGCAGUGAUUGAACACACACUGGCUGACAUGUUGUACCAUGUGGAGACAGAGGUGGAUGGACGGCGCAGCCCCCCGUGGGAAGGAUGAAAACAUGCUGAAAUCAGAGCUUCAACGUCCACAGUCAAGCCACGAUUCCACUUUUAAGCAAUAAACUUUAAUCUGUGUUGCUGUGGUGUAGAUGAAAUCAACAGCUUUUCAUCUUUUGUGAUAUUAAGUGUUGGACAGACAGGAAGUUAACACCUCACUAAAAAUGAUGAUGCCAUGCUAAUAACGGUUGGCUGUGAAACAAACAUUUCUCUCUGAACUUCUGCAGCUGAAUGAACAGAUUUUUGAUGUUCUGGCAUUAAUUGUGCAAACCUCAGCAACUUGAACACACAUUUAAGUUGUCACGUUGCACACCGGAUGUUUUGUGUAUUCAGCCAAACAAGCUGUUUUCGUCAUUUUACAUCUCUGCAAGUGUGAAGUCUUUAGUGUUUUCCAUCUUUUUGGUAGUUUUAUUUGUUUAACAAGGUGUGCUAGUUACUGUUUUAUACUUUGGGUUAAAUAAUAAAUGUUAAACCAAG